UCGUUUAGUAACAAAGAAGUAGAUUCAGCCUGUUCCUUCUCUCCACCAAGACCCUCGCGAUCUCUCUCUCUCUCUCCAGUUCCACCAAAACCCUAACUCCUGGAUCCAACCGGCGGCGGAGACGACGACUAUCACCGAUGACGACUCGCAAGCCCUAAUCUCACCUCUGGCGACGACGGGCAAUCAUCGACAACGAUUUUACACUCUUUGAAGGGACACACUUAAUAUCCGAGUGAAUUGCUCAGCGCAGGCUGCAAUAAUCUAUGUCUACGUCCAACGAGCUGGCCAAAAAGGAAAACGCCCAAUCUGAAGAAAAGUUAAAGCAGGCUAGGAAAGAAUAUGCUGAAUUCGAAGAAAAAGUAAAGAGGACGGUGUUUCUUAGCAAUCUGUCCCCUCAAGUGACAUCUGCUGUCAUUGAAACAGCGCUGGGGCAAUUUGGUAAUGUACUCAAUGUGGAGUUCCUUCCAAACUACACUAUACCAUAUCCUAUUCCCCCUUGUGCUUUGGUGGAAAUGGAGAAUCCGAAGCAAGCCAAAGCUGUAGUUGCUGAUAUUACAAAUUACCCAUUCAUGAUGUCGGGGAUGCCUCGUCCUAUAACGGCGCAAGCUGCCACCAAUGAAAUGUUUGCUGAUCGACCGUCAAAUCCUGAUAGAAAGAUUAGAGUACGAUGGGUGGAACCCUCUGAUCCUGAGUUUGAGGUUGGGAAAAAGCUGAAGGAACUAGCAAAAAAGCAUAAUGCUGAGACAUUGGCCCUGAUCAAGGCUACACUUGACGAAGAGGAGAAGCUCGCAAAGCAGCAGGAAGAGACAUUGAAAGCACACUACAAUAAGUUUGAGAUGAUUGAAAGUGUGAUGCAAGAUAGCAGCGCCCCUCGCCUUGCACGUAAAUAUGGGUUCAAUUUGGCAAUGGACGAUGAAUGGCAUGAUCGUGAUUGAUUGAUGAUAUAUGCAUAAUUGCUGGUUUUUGCUAGUAUUGUGUUCUUGAUAAUGCCCCUUUCACUAUCUUCUCUACAUGGUAUCUAAGAGAAGUGUGACUUUAUGAGCUGUGAGGUAGAGAAAUGUAAGUUGAGAGUUUGGUCUGUGUUAGAGAAGUGUAAUGUUAUGGUAGGUUGGGUAAUUGAAUAAAUGUAAAUCUGCUAAUUUAACUGAGAUUAUGUACUCCUGCUGCUGAUUUUAUGUUAAUUUAUGUUUAUCUGUUCUAAAGCAAGAUCGUAAGCUA